GCGGCGCUGCACAUGCGCAGCGAGAGGCAGGGCGCGCGUGGGGCGUCGGGGCGCAUUGCAGCGGAUUACGGCACUGCAGUCCCCACUCCAGGCUCCAAACCCCUCCUCCAAAGAGAACCUAUACAGGGUAGCUCGACGUACUGAGCCAGAGCCUAGCGAUAGCGAGCCAGACCUACAACGUUUCAAGAACUUUCCCAGGCCUGAGCCUGCAGGACUUAACUCUGGAAUCUGAGUUUGAGCCCGAAGCCUUUCAUAUUUUUGUGGUCAGCCUUUCUGCUUUUCUGAAUGGACCCUUCCCUGAUGACUAAUAAUGUCAAGAAUUUUUCAUGUGAUUGUUGGCUAUUUUCAUAUGAUGGAAGGUUCAUCUUGACAAAGCCUGGGAUAACCCCAUAUGAAACAGCCUACCUAUCAUGGGAGCACUCACUUCCUGUGAAUGAGUACAGCCUUCUCUGGAUGAUCCAUCCUGGGACUGAGAAGAAUUCACCAGAUGGUAAAUGGCCCCUGGAGACUUAGUCUGUCUCUCAGUCCUGAUUCUUAAGACCUCUGCUCUUUUGGAAGAGAAGCAGAAAAUGACCAAGUCUCACGGUCCAUUGUCAUUUGAGGAUGUGGCUGUAGCUUUCACUAAGGAGGAGUGGCAGCAACUGGACCCAGCUCAGAGGACCCUGUAUAGAGACGUGAUGCUGGAGAACUUCAGCCACGUGAUCUCAUUGGGGCAUCCAGUUUCCAAACCAGAUGUCAUCUCCAAGUUGGAACAAGGAGAAGAGCCAUGGAUAAUAAAGAGAGAUGUAUCAGAUUGGAUCUAUCCAGAGAGGGAGACUAGACUUGACAACCCUCAAUUGGAUAUACCUGGAGAUGUUUCCUUCCAUAAGGAGGUAUUGGAAAGUGUAACAAGGGAUCCUUCACUAUACUCCAUUUUUAAGGUCUGGCAGGGUGAUGACCAGAUGGAGAGACAUCAGGAAAAUAAAGACCGACUUCUCAGGCAAGUCAUGGUCAUCAAAAACAAAACAGUUGUUGAAGAAUCAGGUUAUACAUAUAAGGCAUCAGGAAAAAUAUUUCAUGACUGCAUAGACCUAGAUGCUUCAGGACAAAGAUUGUAUAAAUGUGACUCAUUUGAAAAGAGCUUGAUACCUAAUAUAAACUUACUCAGUUGUAAUAGGGGUUAUGCAAGAAAAAACACUGUUGAGAAUUUUAGAUGUAGGAGUACACCUAUUUCUUCCUAUUCUAAGCAUGAAAAAAUUCAUAAUGGAGUGAAACACUGUGAAGAUAGUCAGUGUGGAAAGAUUAUCAGCAAUAAACAGUCUCUUUUUCAAUAUGUGAAUGUUGAAACUGGAGACAAGACCUGUAUAUGCAUUGAAUGUGGAAAAUCUUUUCUAAAAAAGUCACAACUCAUUAUACAUCAAAGAAUUCAUACUGGAGAGAAACCGUAUGAUUGUGGUGCAUGUGGGAAAGCCUUCAGUGAAAAGUCACAUCUCAUUGUACAUCAGAGAACUCAUACUGGGGAAAAACCUUACGAGUGUUCUGAAUGUGGAAAAGCUUUCUCUCAGAAAUCGUCCCUCGUUAUACAUCAGAGAGUUCAUUCUGGGGAAAAACCAUAUGAAUGUAGUGACUGUGGGAAAGCCUUCUCCCAGAAAUCACCUCUCAUUAUACAUCAGAGAAUACAUACUGGUGAAAAACCUUAUGAAUGUAAUCAGUGUGGGAAGGCGUUCUCCCAGAAGUCACAACUGAUCAUACAUCAUAGAGCUCAUACUGGAGAGAAACCAUAUGAAUGUACUGAAUGUGGGAAAGCCUUCUGUGAGAAGUCCCACCUCAUUAUACAUAAAAGAAUUCACACUGGGGAGAAACCCUAUAGAUGCACUCAGUGUGAGGAAGCCUUCAGCAGAAAGUCAGAACUCAUUAUACAUCAGAUAAUUCAUACUGGGGAGAAACCUUAUGAAUGUACUGAAUGUGGGAAGACCUUCUCCCGGAAGUCACAGCUCAUCAUACAUCAGAGAACACAUACUGGAGAAAAACCAUAUAAAUGCAAUGAAUGUGGAAAAGCUUUCUGUCAGCAGUCACAUCUCAUUGGACAUCAGAGAAUUCACACAGGAGAAAAACCUUAUGUGUGCAGUGAAUGCGGGAAAGCCUUCUCUCAGAAGUCUCACCUCCCAGGGCAUCAGCGAAUUCAUACAGGAGAAAAACCUUACAUAUGUGCUGAAUGUGGAAAGGCAUUUUCCCAGAAGUCAGACCUUGUUGUACAUCGGAGAAUUCAUACUGGGGAGAAACCCUAUCAGUGUGCUAUGUGUGGGAAAGCCUUCAUCCAGAAGUCACAACUCACUGUACAUCAAAGAAUUCAUACAGUGGCAAAAUCGUAAGAAUGGACUAAGCACAGGAAAGUCUUCAGUAUCUGCUUAAGCCUUAAUAAAUACCACAAACUUACAGAUUUCAUGAGUUUGGGGGCAUCUUUACUGGUAAAAUUUAAGAAAUGAGAUAAAGUUUCUAAUAUGUUUAUUUUUUUAUCAAAGAUAAUACAAACAUCUCAGUUAUAUAAAUAAUGGGUAUUUUCACUAUGGCACGUAAAUAAGACUUUUGAGAUUGUGAACUGAAUUAAUUGCAAGUUACAUAGUCUAUUUUGAAUCACAUAUUUGUGAUUAUGUUACAUAAUAAGAAUUGGACCAGUAGUAAUAUUAUUAAUGUUAGCUUAGCAUAAUUAUGGCUGUGAAAUAAAUCCCCAUAGAGCACAUGAAGAAAACUUGAGUCAAAAGAUGCCACAACCUAGAAACUGUGCUUGAGGGAAGGAUUUGAUUGUUCCUGUAAAGGUACAUGUAAAAAAAUAUAUAUAUUCUUGUAGAUAGAUGGAAAGAUGGAUUGAUAAAGUCCAAUAAAUGUGGUCUUUUGGUUUU